GUCCAUUCCGGUGUCAUGUGAAAGGGGUUCACGGUGCUGUCUCUCGCCCUAGACUGGACCCUCCUCCGUACAGCUCAUCCGUCAGUGCCGACGUCCUAGCCACGCUUGUCCGGGUGGGAGAAGUCCCUGCUGUCCCCGCUUCCCCCGGUUCAUCCCUGUCGGAGGAUGAGCGAGCAGGGGAAGGGCAGCUCCGCCUCUGCCGCGGCCCCGGCUCCAGGGUCGGAUACUUACAAAGGAUGGCUUUUUAAAUGGACCAACUAUUUGAAAGGGUACCAGCGGAGAUGGUUUGUCCUCAGCAAUGGCCUGCUUUCAUAUUACAGAUCGGUGGAUUUGUGUUUUAUCAGGAUAUGUGCACAGGGGACCGACAGGACGCAGGCAGAGAUGGCCCAUACGUGCCGAGGAACAAUCAACUUGGCCACGGCGCACAUCGACACAGAGGACGCCUGCAAUAUUGUCCUGAGCAGCGGCGGCCGCACGUACCACCUGAAGGCGAGCACAGAGGUGGAGCGGCAGAGAUGGGUCACGGCUCUGGAACUGGCCAAAGCCAAAGCCAUCCGCAUGAUGAACGAUCAGUCUGAUGACUCGGGGGACGAGGAGCCCACAUCCCAGUCGGACCGCAGCGAGCUUCAGGGCACACUGAAGAUACUGGUCAGCAAGCUUGAUGACCUCAGCACAUGUAACGACCUGAUCGCCAAGCACGGGGCCGCCCUGCAGCGCUCGCUGAGUGAACUCGAGGGGCUGAAAGUGCCGGUGGAAGGAGGGGAGAAGAUCAAAGCAGUCAAUGAGCGAGCCACCCUCUUCCGCAUCACUUCCAAUGCUAUGAUCAAUGCGUGUCGAGACUUCUUGGACCUCGCAGAGACUCACAGUCGGAGAUGGCAGCGAGCGCUACAGUAUGAGCGGGAGCAGCGUACCCACCUAGAGGAGACCAUUGAGCAGCUAGCCAAGCAGCAUAACAGCCUGGAGCGAGCGUGGAGAGAAGCACCCACGCUGGUUUCCACCACACCCAGUGCCCCGACCGCCAACAAGGGAGGGAGUGAGAGGCUGCGCAAAGAAGAAGCGAGUGAUGAAGAUGAAGAUACUGAGUACUUUGACGCCAUGGAGGACUCCCCUGCAUUCAUCACAGUGACUGCCACCGAGAACACACAGCACAGGCGAUCGCAGAGUAAUUUGAGCGGAGCAAGCGGAGGUCAGACCAACGACUGGAACCAGGAAGACAACAUGUGUCCAGGUUAUAAUGAUGUGUCGGGAAAGGAGCUGCAGCCCUGCAGACAGAGGCGGACUCGAGUCCCAGACAAGCCCAACUACUCCCUCAAUUUGUGGAGCAUCAUGAAGAACUGCAUCGGCAAGGAGCUCUCCAAAAUCCCCAUGCCUGUGAACUUCAACGAGCCUCUGUCCAUGCUGCAGCGUCUCAGCGAGGACCUGGAGUAUCACGAGCUUCUGGACAAGGCGGCGCGCUGCGACUCCUCCCUGGAGCAGAUGUGCCUGGUCGCUGCCUUCUCCGUGUCGUCCUACUCCACCACGGUGCACCGGACAGCAAAGCCCUUCAACCCUCUCCUGGGCGAGACCUACGAGCUCGAUCGACGGGAAGAGUUUGGCUAUCGCUCGCUGUGUGAGCAGGUGAGCCAUCACCCCCCUGCAGCUGCACAUCAUGUGAUUUCCCAACGAGGCUGGACCCUGUGGCAGGAAAUCACCAUCGCCAGCAAGUUCCGUGGCAAAUACCUCUCCAUAAUGCCUCUGGGUGCCAUUCACCUGCACUUCCACUCCAGCGGGAACCACUACGUGUGGAGAAAGGUCACCUCCACAGUGCACAACAUCAUUGUGGGCAAGCUGUGGAUCGACCAGUCCGGGGAUAUUGAGAUUGUGAAUCACAGGACCAAGGAGACCUGUCAGCUCAAGUUCUCUCCCUACAGUUAUUUCUCCAGGGACGUUCCACGUAAGGUUACAGGUGUAGUGGCAGACAGCGGGGGCCAGGCGCACUACGUCCUCUCCGGUACGUGGGAUGAUAAAAUGGAGAGUGCCAGGAUCCUUCAGAGCAGCCGAGGGGGCAGUGGCUCUGAGGGCAAGCAGAAGACAGUCUAUCAGACGUUGCCCCCCAAACUGCUGUGGAAGAAAUACCCUUUACCGGAGAAUGCUGAGAACAUGUACUUCUUCUCAGCGCUGGCACUGACCCUGAACGAGCAGGAGGACAGCGUGGGAGUAACCGACAGCCGCCUGAGACCUGACCAGCGGCUGAUGGAGGACGGCCGUUGGGAUGAGGCAAACUCAGAGAAACAGAGGCUGGAGGAGAAACAACGAGCCGUGAGGAGGAGGAGGGAAGCGGAGGCCACGGACGCUCUGGACGAAGGAAAAGAAUACGAAGGCUACCAGCCGCUGUGGUUUCACCAGAGGAGGGACUCGGUCACCGGAGAGACAAGCUUUGUGUACAAGGGAGGUUACUGGGAGGCAAAGGAAAAACAGGACUGGAGCAUGUGUCCUAACAUCUUCUAACCCAGGAACUCGCAUCUCCUGACCUCAGCACACAGGGAAAAGCUCUGCCUCUGGUCCGUAGCUGGCUUAUGAGCACCAUGUGGACCUUUAGUGAGCAUGAGAAUACCUCCAAAUGUACACUGUUUUUACUCCGGGGGAAAAAAAGAAGGGUUGUCCCCCUGAAUCUCUGACACUAUGCUGAAGCAGCAGAGAGAUGAUGUGUGGGUGUGAAGCGGUGUUGGAGUUUUAACACCACGAAACAAAUGCACCUGCACACUCCUGAAAUCAGGUGUUCCAUAAAUCUUACUCACACUGUACUUUCCUGCGUUCACCACAUUUAAGAGUUUGUACCAAUUGGCCUGAUAUCAAAGAAGCUCAAGAUAACAGACUGCUGACGAUCCUCCGUUUUAUUCAGCACAACUGAAAUGAUACCAGACUAUCUUUAUAAAUAUUGAAAUACUUCUGUCUACACAGGAAUGAUUUCAAGUGCUCAUUAUUUGCCUCUUUAAGUUGUUUAGAAAGAUGCUCAGACAGUCUGAAACUAAGUGUAUUAGAUAUUUUUGAUCAAUUAUGCAGACACAAAGUGUUCAACAAUAAUUAAACAAAUAAGUCAUUCUGCAAACAUAUAUUGAUUUAAAGUUCCACAGACAAAAGCAAGACCUUGUGAAGUAAUGCAAAACAUUUUUAUACACAACCGCAUGAUAUGAUAUUUCGUCCUGCCUAACGUCUUCACAAUCUUUUGUAAAGUUUUAUCAUUUAUAGUUAUUAUGUCAUUUUAUUAUUCCUUUUAAGAGUGGAGAAAAAGGAAAUUGUAAUACUUAAAAAUGAUAUCUUGAAAUUAAAACUGAAUACUUGAUCGCAUUGAACUCCGUCAGUGUGAAAAACAGGACGAAACAAUAUUUCUUAAAAACAUGUGUUGUAUAAAUGUCAUGGGUUACUUCACAACUGUCCGGCUGUAUUACAUUUCUAUAUCUGUAUUUACUGAUGUGAUUUUACUCCAUAAUGUCUUGUUUAUUUAAUAGAUUGUUGAUACUUUGGGUCUCCGUAACCAACAGGUGAUAUUUUAUUAGGGUUGUCUGAAGUGAUGCAUAAUGCAGCACUGCGUAAAAAAUGAAUGUUUUCCUCCAGAAAUGAAAGUCUGUAGAUUAGUCUGAAAGAUUAGAGUCCAUGUAGAAAAACGUCAUGUCAUAUGGUGAAUAUGAAUUGCGUCUCUGAUUCGAUGCAUUUUGCUCCUGUAGACAGGCCUUCACACAUUUGUGAUUCUGAUAGAAAAUCCCUGCAGCAGUGCAUCCUUUAUAGUUGUAACACACAUCCAUACCGAUGAUCCAUAUCACACUAAUAUCUCCAUCAUGAACUGAACAAGCACUUACCACUGUGGUAGAUCAUAGGUCAGUACAUACAGUAUCUCUGUGUUGCUGUUGAGAACAUUUCACUCGGUACUCUACCUUGUCCUCUGGUGCUCUCCCAUAGCAACACAUACCGUAUUCUUGGUGAACAUUUUCAGUGACUUAACUCUCAGUGGUCGUUCAAACUGCAAAACACCAAAGCACUGAGACUCCCAGUGAUCACCACACAGUGCAUACAGGGAGUGUGUGAGGCUCUACGAGACUGGAGCGGCUUCUCUGAGGAUCCAGCUGACACGAGGUCAAAGGUUAUAUAAGCAGGCAGGGCUGGUUCCUGUAGCCCCGGCCUCAGGUGACUCUCCAGCGGCCGCUUCAGGCUCAGCACGGCUAACAUGUAGAGCUUUCACUCAGUGUUUGUGGACAUGCUGAUCUGGGAUCGGCUCACUCAGUCUUUUGCCGUUUAUUGACUGAAGAAGGGAACGUGUCCCCUGACCCGUGCACUACACAUCUACGGAGAGUUUUGAAAACCAGUGAGUAUUUUUUUCUAAUCAAUGUUAGGAAUGUAGAAUUCAAGGCUGGAGGUGUUGUAUCUACCGUCUGGUCUGUUUGUGUGAAUAUUUUGUGAUAAAAAAGAAUGAUAUUGUAAAAUGAAGAAUAACGAUACUAAUCUUGAGACUUGUGUUAUCCGUGCAGUACAGUCAGAAUCGUAAAACAUGUUGAUUGAAUGAGCCUGAUUUGCUGUUUAAUUUGUAAUCAGGAUUGAUGCUGCAAAGGUGGAUGUUCACUCUGAUGCUCCUUCAAUUUGGCUGCAGAUCUCUUAUUUUAUAUCUCAGAAACUGUCUUAACAAACUGAACAUAUUUUUUAUACAUUUGUUGAUACUAGCACAUGAGUACUUGUGGUUCAGUGAUUUCACAGAUUAACACAUCUGGCAGUGUCUCUGGUGUGCAGGCCAUAAAGAUGUACAAAAUGCACUGGACUGAAGACAUGGUGAAGGAGAUAUAACAAUAUGAUCUGGAUAAAAUGUGAUCUAAUAAUGAAUGAUGAUUGCCUUUUUUGCACGGUUGAUGCUUCUUCUAUCCAUUUACAUAAACGGUUGUGACACACUUUUGUUUUUUAAGGAUGAGCACAGUUUGAUCAAUCACUAAAUCUCUUGUUGAGAAAGAGAUGCUUAGAGAAUAAUUCAACAUUUUUGGAAAAACCCUUGCUCAUUUGUUGUGUUGCCAAAAGUGGAUGAGCGGUUUAUGCCACAUGAGAAGGGUCAAACAAAAUGUCUUUAACUCUAAUGAAUACAGAUUUGGUUCUCCUUUAGUCUUUAGACUCAAAACCUAGUGUGUACAUAGAUACAGCUAUGUAUAGUGGUUGUGUACUAUAUAAAGAUGAACACAAUGCCGGCAAGAGGUUCCAUUUUUUUGCUAUCUUGAAAAUUGUACAGUCGACUCUGUAUCAUCACACAUAGUCAUAACAUAACUGCUGAAUUGCGGUGAAGAAAUUGUACAAAUGAAAAGUUAUUCUUUGGUUUCCUCUCUCAGCGACUGCUUUGAAGACUUUACUAGAGAUUUACUUAAAUAUAUUGUGUUUAGAGGAUUUUAUAAUUGAGAAUAAGUUAUAUUUUGAAUGAUAACAGAGAGCUCGUCUUAGGUUUUAAUCAGUGCAUUUCCAAAUAACGUGACCUCAGUUUUUGAUGGUGACUUGCCCACUGAAGUUGCCCUAGUGAUAUCAUACAGCUGUAGUGAUGAGAAGGUGUGGUCUGCCUCAUAUAGAAAGGAAAUAAAUAACCAAAGUGUAUUUGGAGCGUGUACUGUAGACUAAAAAAAACCUCUUUCGUCUGCCUUCCCUUUCUUGGAGGUUUCUAAUGUAACCCCCCCUCUCAUUGUUCUCACUUCAUCUCACUAAAUUCAACAUGGUGAGAUUUCUAAGCUUUAUUUGUCAUGCUUUUGUUUCUUUCAGAUUUGUUUCUUUCUCAUGGGUGCCAUUAUUCUUAAGUUGUGUUUUCAUACUGUUUUUAUGCCUAAAGAGUCUGAUUUGAGUGCACAUGCAGCACACCUUUUCUCCUGUUUCGAUGCUGCUCAGUUUUGAGGCAGAAAUAAUCCAAUGAAGGUGGGGAAAUACUUCUUGCCUUGUCUAAACCGAACCCUGCUUCUGCUCUGAUGGGACUCAUGGCUUUUUGUGAGACGGUUAAUGAUCGGUAUUUGGACAAGAGUUAUGAGACGCAACACAACAGCUUCCUGUUCUGGGAGGUCAAAGGUGAUUCACCUGCCUUGACUAUACUUGUCUUUCUCCCCCAAAUACAUGUGGUGUAUUCGGGUGUAACUGCAGAAACAACUGAGGUUUUACUUCUUUUUUUUAAUUGUGUAUUUCCUCCUUUGAUUUGUACUUGUUAACAUUGUCUUUAAAGACAAAGACACAAUAAUGAAAAAAGAAGAUAAUAAAGUUGUUAUUGUUGA